UCCCACUGUAGAAUAUGGCGGAAGGAUUCUGACAAAAUGCUGAAACUGAACUGUCUUCACCGACCGGACUACUCUCUCAGAUUGACCCAUGACAUCAGUCCCGAAAAUCUUCCAGAAGAUCUCCAUGACUACGAGUCCGAACUCAAAAAAGAGCAAUAUAUUCUGUCAUGCCUGACAAGGCGCGUGCAAUCACCCGAGGCAGAGUGCAGCAAAGACGAGGGCGAUGAGAAACAAGAGUUGUCACCCUUACAGAUAAAGCAGAAAACCUUAGAGCAACUGAACAAUGUUAUCAAUAACCAAUACCACAGCUCAAAAAAUCACUCCGACGGAAAGGUCGGCAAGAAAGCCCCGUGUCUGGGCGACACACAGCUAAUAACUGAGUUACAGACAAAGAAUACAGCUGCAAAAAGACCCAAUACCUUGACCAAUAGUCACGUGAUUAAACCUGUGCUAACCAGAGGACCCAGAAAACCGCGAAAAUUACCUGCUGUUCCCUCAACCCAGAACCACGUGAUAGUGACCCCAAGCAAAGUACCGGAAGUAAAACCCAUAAACGAGAAAUGUUUGGCAGACGAACUCCAGGAGGCGCUGUUGCGCGGGGACAAUGACGACGUGUUUCUUCCUGAACAGUCCCCCAAACAGGGGAAGGUUUACCCCAAAUUCAGUAAGCAGUACCUAGACGAACUCAAAAGUGUCUGCUUUAACUCAGUGUCCGGCAAUACGGCGCCAUGUUUGUCGUCAGACAACGUGUAUUUAUCAGAGGACUCCGUACCCGAUACCAGACCGAGGACAAGGUCACGUCAUAAUUCUACUGACUCGCGCCAUCUAUCGACAGAAAGUGGUCACUCAUCAACAGACUCGUGUAAAGAUCCUGAUGGAACGGCACCAAAACAAACCGAAAGAGACAACAGCAGGGCAUCUUCAAUUAUGACACAAAAACGCAUAGCGGCCAAAGAUCGUAAUAAAUACAUGACUUCAAAAGAGGAAGUGGACGAGACAACGGCUUCCGCUUCCGCUCUCAUUACAUCAGAGGACAGACGGAGAAGGGACAGCGGCGAUGAUUCCAGUCAAAAAUCGUCGUCAGUUUUUGGAGACACUAACUUCCUUGAUCUGGAGGUGACACACAGGGGCAUGCACCGAUUCAUUCCGCGGCAUCAGGACGAGAUUGCCAUAGAGAUAGGAGACCCGGUGCACGUGUUCCGGCUCCAUGACGACCUCUGGUGUGAAGGAGUAAAUUUACGGAGUUUAAGGCGGGGGAUUUUCCCGUCCAUGUACGCCACGGAUUUAAACUUCUUAGAGGAAGCAGAUACGGAUGGGGAUGGAAAUUUUCACUUCAACAUGAGAUUCCUGGGCUCCGUGGAAGUCAGCGGUCAUAAAGGAGACGAUGUUCUGUGUCAGGCCAUCAAUAAGGUGGCGCUGUCCCGUAGGUCUGCAAAGACCUCUGUACCACCACCCAUUGUCUCCGUGGAGAUCAGCCAAUAUGGAAUACGCAUGCUCGACAAGAGUAAAACAGGGCACGAAACAGACGAUCAUUUCACUCAUUUCUUUGCCCUGAAGAAUAUAUCAUUUUGUGGAUUUCACCCUCGAAAUGAAAGAUAUUUUGGAUUCAUCACAAAACAUCCAUCGUCAUAUCGCUUCGCAUGUCAUGUAUUUCUGGGCGAAAAAUCGACGAGAUCAGUCUCGGAUGCUCUCGGGGAUGCAUUUAAGAGAUUCUAUCAGGAAUAUAUGGCAUUUACCCACCCUACUGAGGACAUUUAUAUGGAAUAAUGAAGUAAUCUGCAUAUCACGUGAUGAACC